UCCAGUGGUUAUGCAACUCAGAUGCCUUACAAAGUAGCCCUCAUUUGCAAGUCCUGGAAUGAGGAGCGGAAUAGUGGGAAUCGGAAAUCAAGGAAUGACUAGUAAUUUGGUUCAAAAUGUUACACUGCAGGGUCGAGCCAUGGGAGUGGUUGGUUUAGGAGUUUCUCCCGGUGCUGCUGCUGCAGGGUCUCCUGCAAACCCAGCUGUCAUCAAAUGGAAUUGGUAAGAAUAAUGGAGAUACAUCUUCUGUAUCGCCUGUCCCUUAUGCCUUUAAUGGAGGUUUUAGAGGGAGGAAAUGCAGUGGGGCUGUGGAGAAAGUUGUUGAGAGGAGACAGAGGAGAAUGAUAAAGAACAGAGAAUCAGCAGCAAGGUCUCGGGCACGUAAGCAGGCUUAUACCAUGGAGUUGGAAGCAGAAGUUGCUAAGUUAAAGGAGGAGAACGAAGAAUUGCAAAAGAAACAGGAAAAGAUUAUGGAAAUGCAGAAGAAUCAGGUGUUAGAGAUGUUGAACGGACAGCGCGGAUCUAAAUUGCGGUGCUUGAGACGAACACAGACUGGUCCAUGGUAGAGGGUCCUCAGAUUGAGAUUGUGUAUGAUAGGUAGCUGUACAUAUUACGGCAACAAUGUAGAAGCAGAGGUUUUAGGUGGCGUAGAAGAAGCUUUCUAAUAUUUUGGAAUCUACUCGGUUCUAUGAUUGAAAGGAUUAGAUAGGGAAGGGAAGCUACAUACAUAUGUUUUGCUUUAGAUUCACGUGAUAUAUGAAUAGGAGAACAUCCAUGAAUCCAAUUCUGGAUGUUACAUUGCUCUGCUGAUGGGCAUAGGCCAGAAUCACAAAUUCUUUAUCAUCUAAUUAUGUAACAGAAGGAGAGAAAAAAUGAAUGUUGAGACAGGUGUGCAAUGGUUGUUUGUGUCUAUUGGAGAUGUAUACUGGUAAUAAACGUUUUGAAGAAUUAUGAUUACGAUUGUCCAGCA